CGGAGAUUCCCGGGCGGAACUGAGGAGCGAUGCACUUCGUCAGGUGGGAUUUGUUGGUGAUACUGUGGUGGUGGAGGCAGGUUCCUCUGGCGCACUCUUACUCCGUCCACCUCGGUGAGGAUGCGGGGCCGGGGACGCUGGUGUCCGGCGCGCGCCGGGGCGCGCGGUGCGCUCUGGAUCAGGUCCUCGCUCCCAGGUUCGCGGAGCGCUUUCUGGAGACGGACGCGGCGGUGGGAACCGUGUUCGUUUCGCGCUCCAUAGAGUGUACCGCUCUGAGAUCCAACCCCUUCACCGUGUACACGGUGUCGGACUGCGCGGACUCCGGCUACAGGCACCUCCUCACCAGCCAGUACGACGUUCAUGUCCACGGGAGGAACUGCUCGAACAAGCCGCAAAGGAAAACUCAGUGGGACAUGGAAGUCCUCAGCUUGUUCAGCGGCCGCAGCCGACACAACUCGGAGUGCCACCAGGCUGGCUCUGCUUUAUUUCCAGUGGGGGGGUUGUUACCUGGCCCCCCGGUCGGCUGUAAAGUCACCAACAGCCACGAGUUUUACUUCUCUGAGGGACACUUGUUUGUGUCUGAGACUUUGUGCUGGAGGCAGGACACCCUCCUGGAGAUGGACGUGCUCUGCGACGUGCUUUCUGGAAACAGGUUAAACAUUAAGCCUGUCUCCAUCCACUGGCGCGUGGGGCAGGGCCCCUUCAGGCAGGCCCACCUGGAGAAACUCUUAAAAAAGGCAGCUCAGUCUGAUUCAGGGAUCGUGAGGAGGAGGAGCAGGAGAAGCCCCAACAGCAGCCCUCAGUUUCAGCCUCCCAUGUACCAGGAGUCUGUGGCGGAGAAUCAGCCCGCUGGGACUCCCGUUGUCGUUUUGAAAGCGGUGGAUGCGGACGAAGGAGAGGCGGGGAGGCUGGAGUAUUUCAUCGAGGCUCUCUUCGACAGCCGCUCCAACAACCUUUUUGCCGUGGACCCCGCCACAGGUGCCGUGUCCACUGUGGAGGUGCUGGACCGGGAGACUAAAGAGACCCACGUGUUUCGUGUGACGGCCGUUGACCACGGCACACCUCGGCGUACAGCCAUGGCCACGCUCACGAUCACAGUGAGGGACACGAAUGACCACGACCCAGUGUUUGAACAGCAGGACUAUAAAGAGAGCAUCAGGGAGAAUUUAGAAAUAGGGUAUGAGGUGCUGACUGUGAGGGCCACAGACGGGGACGCUCCCAUUAACGGUAACAUCCUUUACCACAUACUCAACAAUAACGGGUCCAAUGAUGUGUUUGAGAUCGACUCACGGUCCGGAGUGAUCCGCACGAAGGGCCUAGUUGACAGAGAGGAGGUAGAAGCUUAUAUGCUGUUAGUUGAAGCAAAUGAUCAGGGUCGUGACCCCGGGCCCCGCAGCGCCACGGCCACCGUUCACAUUGUGGUGGAGGACGACAACGACAACGCUCCGCAGUUCAGCGAGAAACGCUACGUGGUCCAGGUGCCCGAGGACAUGACCCCGAACACAGAGAUCCUGCAGGUCACGGCCUCGGAUCAGGACAGAGGGAGCAACGCUGUGGUUCACUUCAGCAUCAUGAGUGGAAACACCCGCGGCCAGUUCUACAUCGACGCUCAGACGGGUAAGAUGGACCUGGUGAGCCACCUGGAUUAUGAGGCCAACAAAGAGUACAUGCUGAGGAUCAGAGCCCAGGAUGGAGGACGGCCGCCGCUGUCCAAUAUUAGCGGCCUGGUCACAGUGCAAGUCCUGGACGUCAACGACAACGCCCCCAUCUUCGUCAGCACCCCGUUCCAGGCCACCGUGCUGGAAAACGUGCCGCUGGGUUACUCCAUCAUCCACAUCCAAGCCGUGGAUGCAGACUCUGGAGAAAACUCCAGGCUGGAGUAUCGCCUCACCGAAACCACACCAAACUUCCCGUUCAGCAUCAACAACAGCACUGGCUGGAUCGUGGUGGCGGCCGAGCUGGACAGGGAGAGCGUGGAUUUUUACAACUUUGGAGUGGAGGCCCGCGAUCACGGCUACCCCAUCAUGUCGUCCUCGGCCAGCAUCAGCAUGACAAUUCUGGACGUCAACGACAACAACCCGGAGUUCACCCAGAAGGCGUACUUCAUGCGACUGAACGAGGACGCGGCCGUGGGGACCAGCGUGGUGACGGUGUCGGCCGUGGACCAGGACAUCAACAGCGUGGUGACCUAUCAAAUAUCCAGCGGAAAUACCCGCAACAGGUUCUCCAUCACGAGUCAGAGCGGCGGCGGGCUCAUCACGCUGGCUCUGCCUCUGGACUACAAACUGGAGCGCCAGUACGUCCUCACCGUCACCGCCAGCGACGGCACCCGCUUCGACACGGCCAAGGUGUUCGUUAACGUCACGGACGCCAACACGCACCGCCCCGUGUUUCAGAGUUCACACUACACGGUCAACAUCAACGAGGACCGACCGGUCGGCACCACCGUGGUGGUGAUCAGCGCCACGGACGAGGACACGGGCGAGAACGCGCGCAUCACCUAUUUCAUGGACGACAGCAUCCCUCAGUUUGACAUUGACCCGGAUUCGGGAGCGGUGACGACUCAGAUGGAGCUGGACUACGAGGACCAAGUUUCCUACACGCUCGCCAUCACCGCCCGAGAUAACGGCAUCCCUCAGAAGUCCGACACGACCUACUUGGAGAUUUUGGUGAACGACGUAAACGACAACUCGCCUCGAUUCCUCAGAGACCACUAUGUGGGCUCCGUGAUGGAGGAUGUGCCCGUCUUCACCAGCGUUGUCCAGGUUUCUGCCACAGACAGAGACUCCGGGCUCAAUGGACGCGUCUUCUACACUUUCCAGGGCGGGGAGGACGGCGAUGGGGAUUUCAUAAUCGAGUCCACCUCUGGGAUCGUCCGCACGCUACGAAGGCUCGACAGAGAAAAUGUCCCAAUUUACAGCCUGCAGGCCUUCGCUGUGGACAAAGGUGUUCCCGCUCUGAAGACACCAGUAAACAUUCAGGUGACAAUCCUGGACGUGAACGACAACCCCCCUGUGUUUGAGAAAGAUGAGUUUGACAUCAUGGUGGAGGAAAACAGCCCCAUAGGCCUCGUGGUCGCACACAUAUCAGCUACAGACCCAGACGAAGGCAGUAAUGCACAGAUCAUGUAUCAGAUCGUGGAGGGGAACAUCCCGGAGGUGUUUCAGCUGGAUAUCUUCUCUGGGGAGCUGACAGCGCUGAUAGACCUCGACUACGAGUCGAGGUCUGAGUACGUCAUUGUGGUCCAGGCCACCUCUGCCCCCCUGGUCAGCCGAGCCACCGUGCACAUCAAACUCGUGGACAAGAACGACAACGAGCCCGUGCUGAAAAACUUCCAGAUCAUCUUUAAUAACUACGUGACGGACAAAUCCAGCAGCUUCCCCACGGGAGUGAUCGGACGCAUCCCCGCCUUCGACCCGGACGUCUCGGAUCAGCUGCACUACAGCUUCGAGGUGGGGAACGAGCUGAACCUGGUCCUGCUGAACCAAAGCACGGGAGAGAUCCAGCUGAGCCAGGCCCUGGACAACAACCGGCCCCUGGAGGCCUCCAUGAGGAUCUCGGUGUCAGACGGCGUCCACUCGGUGUCCGCCCAGUGCCUCCUCCAGGUCACCAUCAUCACCGACGAGAUGCUGUCCAACAGCAUCACGCUGCGCCUGGCCAACACCUCCCAGGAGCACUUCCUGUCCCUGCUGCUGGCCCAGUUCCUGGACGGCGUGGCCCGCGUCCUGUCCGCCGCGCCCGAGGACGUCGUCAUCUUCAACAUCCAGGACGACACGGACGUCAGCGCCCGCAUCCUCAACGUCAGCCUGUCGGUGGCGGUGCCCGUGUUCGGCGAGGGGCCGCACCGCCCCGGGGGCGUCCCGCACGGCGGCGAGCGGCCCGGCAGGGGCGUCGAGACGGGAGAGUUCUUUGGCUCGGAGGAACUCCAGGAGAGGCUGUAUUUGAACCGCAGCCUGCUCGCUCAGAUCUCCUCCCAGGAGGUCCUCCCCUUCGACGACAACAUCUGCCUGCGGGAGCCCUGCGAGAACUACAUGAAGUGUGUGUCGGUGCUGAAGUUCGACAGCCUGGCGCCCUUCGUGGCGUCGGACACCAUCCUGUUCAGACCCAUCCACCCCAUCGCCGGGCUGCGCUGCCGCUGCCCCGCCGGCUUCACCGGGGACUACUGCGAGACGGAGAUCGACCUCUGCUACUCCAAACCCUGCGGGCCGCACGGCGUGUGCCGCAGCCGGGAAGGAGGCUACACCUGCGAGUGCUUCGAGGACUACACAGGCGAGCGCUGCGAGGUGUCGUCCCGCUCGGGCCGCUGCGCCGCGGGGGUCUGCAAGAACGGCGGCUCCUGCGUGAACCUGCUGGUCGGCGGAUUCAAGUGCGAGUGUCCGCCGGGGGGCUACGAGAAGCCCUACUGCCAGAUGACCACGCGCAACUUCCCCCCGCACUCCUUCGUGACCUUCAAGGGCCUCCGCCAGCGCUUCCACUUCACCCUCUCGCUCACGUUUGCCACCAAAGAGCCGGACGGUCUGCUGCUUUAUAACGGCCGCUUCAAUGAGAAACACGACUUCAUCGCAAUGGAAAUCAUCAACCAGCAGAUCCAGCUCACCUUCUCUGCAGGUGAAACAAAGACCACCGUCUCUCCGUACAUCGCCGGCGGAGUCAGCGACGGUCAGUGGCACGUCGUGGAGGUUCACUACUACAACAAGCCCAUCUUCAGCCAGGCGGGCCUCCCGCAGGGACCCUCCGACCAGAAGGUCGUCGUGGCGACGGUGGACAACUGCGAUGUCUCUGUGGCCCUCAGGUUCGGUCACAUGAUCGGAAACUACAGCUGCUCGGCUCAGGGGAGCCAGUCUGGCUCCAAAAAAUCUCUGGACCUGACGGGGCCCCUGCUCCUCGGAGGGGUCCCCAAACUCCCAGAAGACUUCCCGGUCCGUAACCGGCAGUUCGUGGGCUGCAUGAAGAACCUGCGCAUCGACAACCAGCACAUCGACAUGGCCGGCUUCAUCGCUAACAACGGCACCCUCCCAGGAUGCUCUGCCAAGAGGCAUUUCUGCAACAACAGCCCGUGUCUGAACGGGGGAACGUGUGUGAACCUGUGGGGCUCCUUCAGCUGCGAGUGCCCGCUCGGAUUCGGAGGGCAAAACUGCGAAAGAGUCAUGGCCAGCCCGCAGCGUUUCCUGGGCAACAGCUUGUUGCAGUGGACCAACAUGGCGGCGGCGGCGGCCUCCGUCCCCUGGCACGUGGAGCUCAUGUUCCGCACCCGUCAGUCCAGCGCCACGCUGCUCCACAUCUCCUCCGGUCAGCAGCACAACCUCACGCUGCAGCUGCGAGGGGGGAGUGUAUUGAUGGGGCUCCACCGGGGGGAGGACUCCACUCUCUCCCGCGUAGAGGAGGUGCUGGUGAACGACGGAGAGUGGCACCACCUGCAGCUGGACAUCAGCCGGCUGGGGGGGGCGGCGAGCCUCCACAAGGCCGUGCUGUCUCUGGACCACGGACUCUACCUGGCCAGCAUGGAGGUGGACGGAAAGCUGCAGGACUCCAAGCUGAAGACUGUGAGCGUCGGCGGCUUGGCGAGGCUUGAUGGGAAAAUUCAACAUGGUUUCCGAGGCUGCAUACAGGGGCUGCGGAUUGGAGGCGCCCUGAGUCUGUCUCAGGCCCGGAAAGUCAACGUGGAGCCCGGCUGCAGCGUGCCGGACCCCUGCAGCUCCAGUCCCUGUCCGUCCAAGAGCUACUGCAGCGACGACUGGGACAGCUACUCCUGCACCUGCCUCAGCGGUUACUUUGGCACCAACUGCACUGAUGUCUGCUCGUUGAAUCCCUGCGAACACCAGUCUACCUGCACCAGGAAACCAAACCUGUCUCGUGGUUACAGCUGUGACUGUGCCAGCAACUACUUUGGCCAUUACUGUGAGAAAAAGACCGACCUGCCGUGCCCCAGAGGCUGGUGGGGUCAUAAGACCUGUGGGCCCUGCAACUGUCUGACGGACAAAGGCUUUGAUUCAGACUGCAACAGGACGAGCGGAGACUGUCGCUGUAAGGACAACCACUACCGCCCUGAAGGCAGCGACAGCUGCCUGCUGUGCGACUGCUACCCGGUGGGCUCCUUCUCCAGAGCCUGCGACCGGGAGAGCGGCCAGUGCCAGUGCAAACCCGGCGUGAUCGGCCGCCAGUGUGACCGCUGCGACAACCCGUUCGCCGAGGUCUCCGCCAACGGCUGCGAAGUAAUCUAUGACAGCUGCCCGCAGGCGAUCGAGGCUGGGAUAUGGUGGCCCAGGACUAAGUUUGGUCUCCCUGCAGCAGUCCCCUGUCCCAAGGGAACUCUGGGCACAGCCAUCCGACACUGCGAUGAGCACAAGGGCUGGCUGCCUCCCAAUCUCUUCAACUGCACCUCCGUCACCUUCAGCAAGCUCAAAGCUCUGUCUGAGAGGUUUUUCCGUAACGCCUCGCUCCUGGACUCCGGACACGCUCAGCAGACGGCCGCCAUGCUGGCCAACGCCACGGCGCACACGGAGAGGUACUACGGCAGCGACGUGAAGGUGGCGUACCGGCUCACGCAGAGCCUGCUGCAGCGCGAGAGCCGCCAGCAGGGCUUCAAUCUCACGGCCACGCAGGACGUCCACUUCACCGAGAAUCUGGUGCGCGUGGGCAGCGCCAUCCUGUCGGCGGACACGCGGCCGCACUGGGAGCUGAUCCAGCACGCCGAGGGCGGCACGGCGGCGCUGCUGCGCCACUACGAGGAGUACGCCAACACGCUGGCGCAGAACAUGAGGAAGACCUACCUCAGCCCGUUCACCAUCGUCACGCCAAACAUCGUCAUCUCCGUGGACCGUCUGAAGAAGAUGAAUUUCGCUGGCGCCAAGCUGCCGCGGUACCAGUCCCUGAGGGGCCCCCGCCCGGCGGACCAGGAGACGGCCGUCACCCUCCCCGACUCGGUCUUCCAGCCCCCCGUGGACACCAAGGGCCACAGACACCUGGACGUCUUCCCGGAGUCCGCGCUGAGAAACCGCUCCUCCAGCAGGAAGCGGCGCCACCCGGACGCCGGCCAGCAGGACGCCAUCGCCAGCGUCAUCAUCUUCCACAGCCUGGCCUCGCUGCUGCCGGAGAGCUACGACCCCGACAAGAGGAGUCUGCGAGUGCCGAAGCGUCCGGUCAUCAACACGCCGGUGGUCAGCAUCACUGUGCACGACAACGACGAGCUGCUGCAGCACACGCUGGACAAGCCCAUCACCGUGCAGUUCCGCCUGGUCACCACCGAGGAGCGCUCCAAACCCAUCUGUGUCUUCUGGAACCACAGCAUCCUUGCCGGAAGCGGCGGCUGGUCGGCGAAGGGCUGCGAGGUGGUGUUCCGGAACAGCACGCACAUCAGCUGUCAGUGUUACCACAUGACCAGCUUCGCCGUGCUCAUGGACGUCUCCCGGAGAGAGAACGGGGAGAUCCUGCCCAUCAAGAUCCUGACGUGGAGCACCGCCGGCGUGACGCUGGGCUUCCUCUUCCUCACCUCGGUCUUCCUCCUCUGCCUGAGAGCCAUGCAGUGCAACAAGACGAGCAUCAUCAACAACGGCGCCACCGCUCUCUUCCUCUCCGAGCUCAUCUUCAUCCUCGGCAUCAACCAGGCCGAUAACCCGUUCCUGUGCACAGUCAUCGCCAUCCUGCUGCACUUCUUCUACCUCUGCACCUUCUCCUGGCUCUUCCUGGAGGGGCUGCACGUCUACCGCAUGAUCAGCGAGGUGCGGGACAUCAACUACGGGCCCAUGAGGUUCUACUACCUGAUUGGCUGGGGGGUGCCGGCCUUCAUCACAGGUCUGGCUGUGGGACUGGACCCCGAAGGCUACGGGAACCCGGAUUUCUGCUGGCUGUCGAUGUACGACACUCUGAUCUGGAGCUUUGCCGGGCCCAUCGCCCUGGUGGUGUCGAUGAACAUCUUUCUGUACAUCCUGUCGUCCAGAGCGUCCUGCUCAGUCAGACACCACGGCAUUGAGAAGAAGGAGGCCCGAGUUUCUGGCCUGAAGACUGCAGGCGGCGUCCUCCUCCUGGUUUUCGUCACGUGCUUCCUGGCGCUCCUCUCUGUCAACAGUGACAUGAUCAUCUUCCACUACCUGUUCGCCGGGUUCAACUGUGUGCAGGGUCCCUUCGUCUUCUUUUUCCGCCUCGUCUUCAACAAAGAAGCCAGGAAUGCCAUGAAGUACUGCUGCAGCCGCAAGCGCCCCGAUCAUAUGAUCAAAUCCAAGGCUUCUGGUUACAAAUGCAACACCAACUACGUGGACGGCAGGCUGUAUCACCUUCCCUUCGGGGACUCCAGCGUGUCUCUGAAUGGCACCAUGCAGAGCGGCAAGAGCCAGCAGAGCUACGUACCAUUCGUCCUGCGGGACGACGGGAUGAGUAACAGCCAGGCUCAGAUCGCCCUGAACGAUCACACGUCGCUCUUCCACGAAACCAAGGAGCACCUGGACGACCGCGACAGCGACUCGGACAGCGACCUGUCCCUGGAGGACGACCAGAGCGGCUCCUACGCCUCCACUCACUCCUCCGACAGCGAGGACGAGGACGGCCCCCUCCCGCCGGAGGAAUGCUGGGAAAACCUGGCGUCUAACGGUGCUAAAAGACCCCACCCGCACGACACUUCGAGCAAGAUGCACUGGCCGUCAGAUUACGCGGCAGCAGGAAGUGACGGCGAGCUCGCCGGUGGAGACCGCCUGAAGGCGGACGCUCUGUCCAAUCCGGAGCCCCGGACGCCGUCCGACGACUGGCCGCCGGACGCCAUGAUGAUGAUGCUGCCUAGUCUGCCAAACCUCAACGCUCAUCCUCACAAAGGGAUCUUAAAGAAGAAGCAGCUUUCUCCCAUCGUGGAGAGGAACUGUCUGAACCGCAUCCACAACGAGCUGUGUGAGAGCGCCCCGGGAGCGGCGUCCCCGCGCGGCUCCUCGUCCAGCGACGGUCGGCGGCCCAAACCCGGUCCGCCCGACCAGCUGAACGGCGUCGCCCUGAGCAUCAAGGCGGGGACGGUGGACGGCGACUCGUCGGGAUCAGAGUCAUAGAGCUUCUCUCCUCAACCUGCGACCCGCAAACAAGGAGCACCGGCCUUCCCCUUCGAAAAGAAAAACAAAGUGUUUUUUCAGGAAAAGGGAUUCCCUGUUGUCAUCAUGGUCCUCUGAAGGAGUGUGUGUGUGUGUGUGUGUGGGUGUGUGUGUGUAGUAUAUGUUGUAUAAUGCGUGUGUGUGAGUUCAUACAUGUGUGCCAAACUUCGGGAGUCCAUGCACUGGUCCGGGCUCCUGCACACUGACACAGAGUCCCACUCUCCCUGUAAACACACGGUUUUGUUUACAUACUUGAAGCAAUGCACUUUUUUUUUCUUUUUCUUUUUUUUUUUAAAUCAUUUUCUAGUUUUGUUCUUGUUUUUCUUGUAUAAUGUUUUGAGGACUGUGGAACAAUAAAGAGGUCUCGCUCUUUGGAUGGGCCGUGUGGUCGUAGACUGGCAAACAUUCAGGGAAAUGCCUUUAUUAUUUUUUUUCUUUUCUUUUCAUGCAUACACUGUU